GAAGGAUUUUAGAGGGACUGAUGGUGCUCCUGUUACCGUUCAUCAUUAUAUUAACUGUGAAGCACAGCAAUGCUCGAACUCACUCUCUGAGAUAUUUUCGCCUGGGUGUUUCAGAUCCUGGCCAUGGGAUCCCUGAAUUCAUUUCAGUUGGCUAUGUGGACUCUCACCCUAUAACCACAUAUGACAGUGUCACUCGGCAGAAGGAGCCCCGGGCCCCAUGGAUGGCAGAGAACCUUGCAUCUGACCACUGGGAGAGGUACACCCAGCUGCUGAGGGGCUGGCAGCAGACGUUCCAGGUGGAACUGAAGUACCUGCAGAGGCACUACAAUCACUCAGGGCUUCACACUUAUCAGAGAAUGAUUGGCUGUGAGCUACUGGAGGAUGGCAGCACCACGGGAUUUCUCCAAUAUGCAUAUGAUGGGCAAGAUUUCAUGAUCUUCCAUAAAGACACUCUCUCCUGGACUGCUGUAGACAAUGUGGCUCAAGUCACCAAGCGGGCAUGGGAGACCAAUCGGCAUGAGUUAAAAUAUCAAAAGAAUUGGCUGGAAUCAGAAUGUAUUGCCUGGUUAAAGAGAUUCCUGGAGUAUGGGAAAGAGACUCUACAAAGGACAGAGCCUCCACUGGUCAGAGUAAGUCUCAAGGAAACUUCUCCAGGGAUUACAACACUCUCCUGCAGAGCUCAUGGUUUUUACCCCCCAGAGAUUUCCAUGAUGUGGAUGAAAAAUGGGGAAGAAAUUAUCCAAGAAAUUGAGUACGGAGACAUUCUUCCAAGUGGAGAUGGAACCUAUCAGACCUGGAUAUCAGUUGAGAUGGAUUCUCAGAGCAGCAAGAUGUACUCCUGUCACGUGGAGCACUGUGACCUCCACAUGGUUCUCCAGGUUCCUGAAGAAUCAGAAACUAUCCUUUUGGUGAUGAAAGUCAUCUCUGGAUCCAUUGCCCUUGCCGUUGUCCUGGCUGGAAUUGGCAUCCUAGCCUGGAGAAGGAGACCCCAAGAGCAAGAUGGAAUCAUCUACAAUCCAACUCCAAAUCAAUGAUUGCAGAUACCUCUUUUCCAGGUUUCUUUCCUCUAGGAACCAUGGUCUCCUUCAUCCCUCAUGAAUGCAAGUCCAGUG